GCCGAAUGCACAUUGGUGUUUAGGCAUUAGUGUUAACCAGAGGUAUCAACCUGAUGACAACUAUCGAUUGUCAGAUACAAUAGUUCAAUUAUAUAUUUAAAAUGGCUGGAAUUUAUGAUGAUCUGUCUUGGUCAGAUGCUCGCGAUUUUUUGCGAAAUUGGAGAGAAAAUUCAGAACGUCGAAGUAAGGAUAUUGUAGAAAUAUAUGAGUCAAUUUUAAUGCCCCAUGUUGACAAGUUAGGAAAUGAAAAAUAUUUGGUAUUGGAGCAAGUAUGCAUAGCUGCUUUGGAUUGUUAUCGGCUGUCAUUAGCAGAAUAUUGUUUAAAACUUCUGGUGAAGGAAUUCCCAGGAAGCUUGAGAGUUCAUAAAUACCAUGCUAUGCAUUUAGAAGCUUUAGAAAUGUAUGAUGAAGCUUUAGAAGUCUUAGACUCAAUAAUCAAACGUGAUGAAACAAAUGCAGCUCCAAGAAAGCGACGUGUUGCUAUUUUGAAAGCAAAGGGCCAAAUACCUGAAGCUAUUGUAGAAUUAUCUGGAUAUCUAAAAAAGUUUAUGAGUGAUCAAGAAGGAUGGCAUGAACUUUGUGAUCUUUACUUGCAAGAACAGGAAUAUAGUAAAGCUGCUACUUGUGUCGAAGAAUUGAUUUUACACAAUCCUCAUAAUCAUCUAUUACAUCAACGUUAUGCAGAAAUUAAAUAUUCACAAGGUGGAUUUGAUAAUAUGCUUUUAGCAAAAGCAUACUUUUGUCAAGCAAUAAAAUUGAAUCCUAAUAAUAUAAGAGCACUUUAUGGACUGUUACUAACAACAAAUAACAUUGCUCUUUCACAAAAAUGUCCUGCUCCAAAAAGGAAAGAAAUCAUUAAGCUAAGUGAAUGGGUGGCUAAUCAGAUUGAAAAACAGUACGAAUCUAAAGUUACUAAUGUAAAAGAAGAUACAAAAUGUAUAGAAGGGUUACUAGCACAAUUACAAUUAGAAGCGUAGAAGUUUUUCGUAAAAAUAGUAAAUGUAAUAGUUUUGCAAUAAAUUAGUUAGAAUUUUCAACAUUUGUAUGUAUAUGUGAACAAAGUGUUAUUUUAUUGUCUCUGCACACUUUAUUAAUUUAUUAUCUGUGCAUAUUAAUAAAUGAAAUAUAACAUUGUUAAAUAUU